ACUAUAGCCGUUUACUGUUUGUAGUUUUAACAAUAUUUACAUUAAUACAUUGAAUCCAAGUCUAUUAUUGAUUAGCUUAACUUUAAUAAUAAUUACAUUCUUAAAACUAUAAAAAUAGGAGUCAAUUUUACAGUUUUCAGAUAAAACCUAACCUUAAAACAUGGAAGUUACGCUCACCCAAAAACCAUUGAAAACAUAUUCAAAAAUUGGCAAUAUUCCCCCUAAAACAACUCAGAAAAGAUGUUAUAAGACUCGCAUUACCAUACUGGUGAAACGUGAGCCCUUGACGACAAAGAAAGCAGUAGAAUUACUGUUAAACGGUACUUUAAAAAGACAAGUGUGCCGAUAUUGUAUGAAUGUAACCAAUGUGCUUAAUGAUUUGGACCAGAUAAUGCAUAUUAGUGGCAAAGACGCUCUGUACAAAAUCUCUAUAAGAGAUAUGGUUGCUACUUUCCACCCAUUUAAGGUAGUGGACGACCCAAAUUUUCCAAACAAAAUCUGUGAAAAAUGUCUAAAUGAAACCACACGCUUUUAUCUUUUUGCCCAACAAUGUGAACGAUCAGAGCGCGCAUUACGAAACUGUUUUGAUGACAUGUAUGAAAAACUGGAGAAGCUCGACCCUUUAGAACGUACUAAGAAAAGGGGUAGGCAGAAGCAAAACCCCAAUCAAAACAUAUUAUAUACUGAACAUAAGUAUGUGAUUGAUUAUGCUGACCCAAUACAUUACCUUAUAAAUUCUGGUGCUGUACCUUUGACAAAUGAAACAAUGAUGUCGGAGCUAGAAUGCAAACGAUGCUGGCAAGUCUUACCAAAUUUAGAAUCUUUAGUAAAUCACGAAAUGAUUCAUCCAAAAACCAUGUGGUAUAACUGCAGAUUAUGUGGAAAGUCGUUUUCUAAGAAAUUUCAUUUGAAAAAACAUCUACGGUCACAUAAAAAUUUAGAACUAAUAUCUGAAUCUGAAAAGGCUUUUGAAUGUAAAGAAUGUGGGUAUAUUAGUGAAGAUUACCAUAUACAUUUACAGCAUAUAGAAAAACAUAAGUUUGGAAGGGUGUUGCAGCAAUUAUUGAAACGUAAAAUGGAUACUCUAUGUUCUGUUUGUCUAGACAACAAAUCACAGAUGACAGAUCUUGAUAAGACAAUAUGUUUGCAUGGAGGAUACCCUGAAUUGACUGGAGAACGGAGUGUAUUUAAUAUUCUUGGUGCUAGUGUGCCAGAGAUGAAUCUCCUACACAACUAUACUGGGAACAAAAUAUGUUCAAAAUGCUUAGAUCAUGCUAUUAUUUCGUACAUAUUUACAAACAGAAUUCGAUAUAUACGGCAAAGACUUAAUAUUUGCCUUACAAAUAUGUUAGAGAAUUUAAAUAAUUUACCGAGAGUCGAAGACAAGAUAUUUAUAGAGAUUGCUGAUAAUGGUAUCAUGCCUAUACAGCAAGAUGAUUUUGAUGACAAUUUGUUACUAGAUGAGAAAGAAAUUGAUGAGAGUAAACUCCAAGUUCAAGUUUUAGAAGACGAAUUUAGAAUAAAGUCGGAAAGUGAAAGUGACGAAGAAGAAACUAGUCUUAAAAACGAAUCAAACGGUAAAAAAAUUCUUAAGCAAACGGUAACAGAAAAUAAAGAAAUAUUAGUUAAUGGUUACCAAAAAGUAGAUGUUGACAGUAAAAUAGUUGCAAAGAAAGGUGGAAAAUCGAGGCCUUUAGUAAAAUUUACAUGUCCAAUUUGCGAUAAGCAUUUCAUGUCUGAUUACUUUUUAAAAAUACACAUUUUGAAACAUAGAAUUAGAAGAACAACAUGUAAAAUCUGUUUAUUGCACUUCACAUCAAAGUUCAACUUACACGAACAUAUGAAAAUGGUGCAUUUGUUAAGCAAAAAAAUGUGCUAUGCUUGUAAAACUUGUGGCAGAGCGUUUUCAAGUGAAAGUAAAAAGAAUUUACAUGAAAGAAAGCAUAAAUCUAGAAGAUGUGAUCUUUGUUACAAAGUUUUUAGUUCACAAGCUAACUUUAAUAAGCACAUGGAACGACAUGCAAUGAAGUUCAACAUACAUGCACAGAAUAAAAAACAAACGUGUAGUUUUUGUGAAAAAGAAUAUACGAAUGAUAAUGAACUUACGAUACAUGUCAAUAAAACCCAUCUACAAAUAAAGCCUUAUUCUUGCGACAUGUGUGAGAAACAAUUUUAUACACAGAAAAAUCUGAAAUGUCAUAAAAAAGUGCACUCCUUGCGUUCAAAAGAAAAAUGUGAAUUUUGUUCAAAAGCUUUGAAAUCCCGAAAACAACUCGUCAUUCAUAUAAGAAAACAUAUAGGAAUUAAACCGCAUCAAUGUUUAUUAUGUUCACAGAUGUUCUAUUCUGAGAGUUUAGUCAUAAAACAUAUGAACAAAUGGCACGGUGGUAGAUUUUGUUGUAAAUUAUGCAAAAAGGUUUUUGUUAACAAGGUUGGGCUUAAAACUCAUGUGAACAUGGUUCAUUUUUUCUUCUGAUUGACCAAUUAUGAUAUCUGGAUCACAAUGAAAGCGUGGGCUUUAUCUUAUUGUGUUUAUAAAUUAAGUAUUAUUUAUGGUCAGUGGUGGUAUCUUCAUUAUUAAGGCCUUCCUGGUUUUUUUUUUGUUGAAAUGAUGAGGUCGACGAUGGAGCAUGCACACCUAAACAAUGCGUAUUCACUCUCGCCUUGAAAAGGUCCGAGUUAUAACGUUCAGGGAACA